UCCUUGGGAGAAGGGCAGGGAAGGGCAGGCAGCAUCCACUUAGCACUGGAGCCCAGCCAUUCUCGGGCACUCCCUCUCCUCCUGCUGGUGGGGCCUCGAUGCUCCCACCUCUUCCAGCAGCUCCUGCCCUGCCCACUCCUGGGAGGAUGGAGGCUGCGGGGCCACCCCAGGCUAGGAGGUGCUGCUGGGAGGCCCUGGAGAAGCUCUUGCCUCGCCUCUGCUUCCUCUGCUCCCUGGUGACCUAUGCACUGCUGGGUGCCGUGCUCUUCUCAGUCAUUGAAGGCAGCCAGGACCUGGGGGCAGAUGACCCGGAGUUUGAGGAGUUCUUGGAGAAGCUCUGUGACAUCUUGAAAUGCAACAGAACAGUUGAGGAAAGCAGGAAACGGGAUCUUGGGAAGCUGCUGCAGAAGGCGAAGCCCCAGUGGUUUAGCAGGUCUGCAGACUGGUCCUUCCUGAGCUCACUCUUUUUCUGCUGCACAGUGAUCAGCACCGUGGGUUACAGCCACGUCUACCCUGUCACCAGGCUCGGCAGAUACCUGUGCAUGCUCUACGCGCUCUUUGGCAUCCCCUUGAUGUUCUUGGUCCUCAAAGACACGGGCGACCUCCUGGCAACCAUCUUUUCCACCUCUUACAAUCAAUUCCGAAAACUCUCUUUCCUCCCUGCUCCCCGCCUCAAAUGGUGCCCCCGACUCCCCUGCAAAAGAAGGUCUGACGCCAAGCCCGAGGAUGAAGCCGUCCCACGGAUUGUCAUCAAUGCCCAAGAGGUCCCGGGCCCCAAAGCUGGCAGGCGUCCCUCAGCCUCCAGCAGCAACAUGGAACUGUUUGAGAGACUUCUAGCUCGAGAGAAAGAGAACAGGCUGCAAGUGCCCCCUGGGGCCAUGGGGAAGAGCAGCUCGUGUCCUGAGCUGAUGUCAGGGAUGCUUUCCUCCUCCAUCAUCAGCAACCUGGACGAGGUGGGGCAGCAGGUGGAGAGCCUGGACCUCCCGCUCCCCAUCAUUGUCCUCGUUGUCUUUGCCUACAUUUCCUGUGCGGCCGCCAUCCUCCCCAUCUGGGAGAAGCGGAUGGACUUUGAGAACGCCUUUUAUUUCUGCUUUGUCACGCUGACCACCAUUGGGUUUGGGGACACCGUGUUAGAACACCCGCACUUCUUCUUAUUCUUCUCCAUCUAUAUCAUUGUUGGGAUGGAGAUUGUGUACAUUGCUUUCAAGUUGGUGCAAAACAGGUUGAUUCACAUGUACAAAAAUCUCAUGCUGUUCUUUGCAAAAGGGAAGUUUUGCCACCCUUGUAAAAAGUGAAGACUCCAUCAUCUCCUGUGUGACAACACCGGCCAUGCUGGUUAUCUUGCCUUGUCUUUGGGGGCAGUGUAGUUAGAGUUGGUGGCACUGCAGCCUGUCACCUGGGACCUCGGAGACAAAUCCUGUAUGAUGACUGAUUUCAGCCCUGCAGAAGUGUGGCCAAUGUCCUUCCUACUGGGACAUUAAACAAACAUGAUCACCGUCCUCCAUACUCCAAUUAAUUGCCCUGUCUUCAUUUUUCAAGAGCCCCUCCAAAUG